AACACACGUGUGAAGAUGGAGGAAGGCAGUGUACACUUUCAUGAGAUGGGUUUAGAUGAUCGAGUAUUAAAGGCUCUGGCGGAUUUAGGCUGGUCUCAGCCCACCCUCAUCCAGGAGAAAGCCAUACCGCUGGCGCUCGAGGGGAAAGAUCUGCUGGCCCGAGCUCGAACUGGAUCAGGGAAAACCGCAGCCUACGCGAUCCCCCUCAUCCAAAGAAUCCUCACGUCUAAACAGACUGUACGAGAGCAGGCCGUCAGAGCUCUAGUCCUGGUCCCGACCAAAGAACUGGGUCAGCAGGUCCAGACCAUGAUCCGACAGCUCACUGCGUUCUGCAGCAGAGACGUGCGAGUGGCCGACAUCUCCGGGAAGGCAGAUAUAUCGGCACAGAAGCCGAUUUUAAUGGAGAAGCCAGACAUUGUGGUGGGCACACCGUCCCGUGUUCAAGCCCACAUCAACGCCCAGAACCUGCAGCUUCAGACUUCAUUAGAGAUGCUGGUCAUCGACGAGGCUGAUCUACUCUUCUCCUUUGGGUUUGAAGCAGACCUUAAAAGCCUGCUGUGUCACUUACCCAAGAUCUACCAGGCGUUCCUCAUGUCUGCGACGCUGAGCGACGACGUCCAGGCCCUGAAGGAGCUGGUUCUCCACAAUCCUGUCAUGCUGAAGCUCCAGGGAUCUCAGCUGCCCGACAGCUCUCAGCUCCAGCAGUACAGCGUCCGAUGUGAGGAGGAGGACAAGUUCCUGCUCAUCUACACCCUCCUGAAGCUCGGCCUGGUUCAAGGGAAGUCGCUGGUGUUCGUCAGAGAUGUGGACCGCUGUUACCGACUCAAGCUGUUUUUGGAGCAGUUCAGCAUCCCUGCGUGUGUCCUGAACUCUGAGCUGCCCAUUCACUCCAGAUGUCACAUUAUCACUCAGUUUAAUCAAGGCUUCUACAAUUACAUCAUCGCCACCGAAGAACAGGGCCUGGAGAAUCCCGCUCGACGUUCCCAGAAAGCCCAGGAGAAAGGAAAGAAGAAAAAGAAAGGAAAAGACAAGGAAUAUGGCGUUUCCAGAGGAAUCGACUUCCACAACGUGUCUAAUGUGAUCAACUUUGAUUUCCCGGCUUCAGUCGAGUCCUACAUCCACCGCGUCGGCAGAACGGCUCGUGCGGACAACCCGGGCUCUGCGCUGUCCUUCAUAUCACACACAGAGCUUGAAAUGCUCGCCGAGGUCGAAAACGCUCUUACUGGAGACGUCACACAUGACAGUGUUUUGAAGCCGUACGGGUUCAGAAUGGAGGAAAUCGAGGGCUUCAGAUACAGAUGUCGGGAUGCCAUGCGAUCGGUGACGAAGCAGGCGGUGAAGGAGGCCAGACUGAAGGAGAUCAAACAGGAGCUGCUCAAUUCAGAGAAACUCAAGACGUACUUCGAAGACAAUCCCAGAGACCUGCAGCUGCUGCGACACGAUAAAGACCUUCACCCCGCCGUCAUCAAACCUCACCUGAAGAACGUGCCGGAUUACCUGAUCCCGACGGCGCUGAAGAGUCUCGUCAAUCCUCUGAAACGACGAAAGAAAAAGAAGAUUAAAGCAGGCGGCGUGAUGCUGAGCAGCUUUAAGAAGAAUUCUAGAGGCAAAAAUCCACUGAAGAGUUUUCGUUACACGAGGAAGAAGUGUGAAAGGAAGGCUGGAAAAUCCUAACGUCACAAGAGUCUAGAGACAUUGGGAUUGGAUUGAAUCUUGACAGAACUAGUUGAACCGAGACUAUCAUCCUGAUUAUAAAUAUUGUCAUCGAAAUUAUAAAGUCCUUCAGAAUCAGCCAUGCAUGAGAGGAGGAUUCCUGUCUCACUGCUUGUGUGAAAUGAUAUUGGUGAAUAUUGAACAUGUAAUAUCGCGUUUCAUUAAUACUAACACUCUAUACUUCAUAAAGUGUCUUGUUCUGAUUUUGGUUAUAAAGGUUGGGUGCUUAAA